CUGAAGCGUCUGUAACGUGUGAUACAGCGUAAAUUGAGAUGAAUAUAAACAGCUUUUUGGUCUUGUUAUUCAUUUUUGCGGUAUUCUUUGGAUCUAUUCAAAUAGAAGCAAUCCGAGCAACCGUAAGACGAGGGGGCGUUAUCAGAAAAUACAGAAAUCGUAUAACUACACACAAAGCCUCAAAAUUCAACAAAGACCUGACAGACCUGAGAAAUCAACGUCGUAAUCAAUGGAAAUAUAAAUUGGAUUCAGAUCGCAAUAAAAGAGUACAUUUGGGUCGUUCAACUAAUACAUCACCAAUCGAUACUUGGAUUAUUAGGUUACCAACGAACCAAACUCCCUGGCUGAAUUAGAUUUUUAUUACCUAACUUAACUUUUUAACUUUUAUUACUUAACUUAACAUACAAUGGACAAUGUUAAUAUUAUAUAAUGAUAGAAUAGUGUGUACCGUAUUGCAGGUUCAUUUUC